CCAGGUUAUGUAAUAAUCUUAUUAUUUAAUGCAAAUAUUUUUCCUUCUCCUCUGCCUCCCAAGCAGAAGGUGUAGCAUCAAUCCAAAGUUUAAAUCAGACAAUUUUGGCGUUCCCUGCAGUUAAAUGCGGAACACAUUUGUAAGAUGUUCGUGCAAAAUAGUGAACGGAUUAUCGUUUGAUAUCCAUAAGAAGGGAGCUAUCUGUUACAACCUCAUUUCUCUAUUAUCGACAAUAACUUUCAGAAUUUCCUUAAUGUUUUCUAAUUCUCUCUUUGGAUUAUCCGCCGCGUUCAGGAUGAUUGGUGUUCGCACGACCUUUUUAAAAUCAGCAAGUCGCUCAAAAAUUGUCCUUUUCGACAAAGAAGGGCUGCCACGAUAUUUUCAAUCCAUUACUGAAUUUUAACUGAGUUUCAAAAUAAACUUUUCUCUCUUAACCUUUUCUGGUCUAUCAUUCUUUAUUCAUUCUUAAAUAACGUAGCGCGGCCAUUAAAACUAAUAAACGGUGCUUCCCCGUAAUCCCAUCUUAUCUUAUUGCGUGAGUAAUUACCGAUUGGUUUGUUAAUAAAAGCCAGCCAACCGUUGUUCUACUAACCACUACUGUGAAUCAUCAUCAUCAGAAGAAGAAUGCGAUGAGGACAAAGAAACAUCUAUUAUUGUACAUAUUCAUAAAUAAAUAACUUGUAAGUCCCCUUUGCAGACAGUGGGCUUUUCUAAGAAGAAAACCUAACGUAAGGAAUUUGUCGCUUCGAAUAAUUUGUGUUUAGAUCAAAAUAGUAAGGGAGUCGUAGCUUGAUUUGCUUUAUGUAGAGUAACUAACUGGCUUGAUAAGUAUUGAAAGUUUUUCACUAUCACAUCUAGAAGAACAAGCAUUGCAACUAACUCUAUUGAAUCCCCUUACGCCAAAGUGUAUUUGGAGUUUCGGUAUUUGCAAGUAUGAGUAGGUUGUGAACCAAUUUCUAGUAAGAAACUUUCAAGUUUUUCCUAUUAAUCUUGAAAAUCUUUGGUAAGUAGUAUGAAAUGAGAAAAUGGGUUUACAUUGUUAGUUUAGACCCGUUUAUUACUAGUCGAUACCAGGCUAGACUUUUUAUGCACAGGAGUGAAAGCAAAUGAACGAUAGAAAUCCUAUCAUAUAAGUAAUAUCGGAAAGUUGAACACUUCAAUAAAACUUCAGUAGCAACAUAGAAAGGGUCGAGAUCUAACGUUUUCGGGCAAUAGGUAGGUCUACGUACGAGUACAGGUAAUAUUUCCAAUCUUCCCCAUAAUCGCAAUACGUGAAAAGCUCUUUGUAUUUAUGGAUAUCGAAGAAUUGUCAUAAAGCAAACAAAAUUCUUUUAUGGAUUAUCGAAGUCUUUUUUUCCACUGUCAUUGCACACGCAAUCAGCGGCGUAAGAUUUUCGCACUUUUGGGUCAUAUAUAAAUACUGUCGACUGUAAAGCUUUCAGUUCAAUAUCGUGAAAGAAUUGUGUAGGCAAACGUCGGGAAAUAAGUUGAAAAAAAAUUUGUAACAAAUCUCUUAUAUAUAAUACCUAACAAGUAAAAAAAAAGAAAUGUUCGGUUCAGCGUCAUCCAAUUCUAACGGUGGUUUGGAUGUAAACUUAGGAUGUGGAAAAAGUGUCGGUGACGAUGCAAGCAAUGUUGGUGCCGGGAUAUUUGCAGCUGGGAAUACUCUUGGUGGUCCAGCAACCACCGGACUAUUUUUGGAAGCCAACACAAACAAUCAUGGAGUCUCGCUGAAACAUUCCAAUACGGAAAAACUCGGUUCCACUUUAACAACAAGUGCUCACGCCAAUCUUUUGAAGACGGACACUAUUCAUCUAAAUGCCAAUGCUUUCCAUAGUCGUACGCAUUUGGACAAUGGUUUCAAGUUUGAUCGUGUUGGCGGCGGUUUGACCUGUAGUCAUGGUAAUGGUCAUGGUGCUGCUUUGACUGGUUCUCAGAUACCACAACUUGGUAUGAAGACGUUAGAUAUAACAGGCAAAGCUAAUUUAUGGUCAUCACCAAAUCGUGCGACCACUUUGGAUGUAACGGGGGGAGUAUCAAAACAUUUUGGCGGGCCGUUUAAUGGUCAAACUGAUAAAAAAAUUGGCUUCGGUCUAAACACUAACUUUUAAACAUUUUAAAUAAUCUUUAUAAAGGUUACAUAAGGCUUGUGAAUAAAUAUUUAAGCUAAUGGAACCCUUUACGCAAGCGAAAUGCUUUCAACUCUGUUAAGAUCGCUCACUGAAUUCAGGGACAUUUUGCGCAAAUCUUCGCAAAUUGAUUAAUAAAGCGAUUACAAAGGGUGUUUUUCAUUCUUUGCGCAACAACAAAUUUGUUUUAUAUGUCAUCAAUUAUGACGAAACACAAAUAGUAACAAGAUUUUUUAAUUCCAUUGACAGCUUCAAGCUGUCACGAACGGUUAACUGGCUACGAUUACAUCAAGGUAUAACUGUAUAGUCGAGCACGGCCCACUCGCCCAGUAUCUUACAGCGUUUUUGGGGGAAACGGUCAUAAGAAUGGUACGAUCCGAAGAAAAAAGGGAACAAGACCUACAUGGAUAGAAUUAUUAGAGGCAAGCACGGGGCACACGAGCUUAAGUUAAUCAAUGAUAGGUUUAUUUAAACUGGUUCUGGUUGUCGCAUACAUCCACAUCAAGUGACGUAGAGUAUAAAAAAAUAAGGUAGUAGCUUUACACGACAAUGACCAUAAGUAAGAGGAGAUUCUUCAUUGUCCGGAAACUUUCAAAAGGUUUCGUAUGUGUCGUUCACGAACAAUUUCAAAAAUGGAAAGAGCACUUCAUAGCUGUAGUGCUUCAUUUUAUCGGAAGAGUAAAGUUUCCGACCAAGAAGCUUCAUCGAUUUUGAUUUUUUCAAACUUGUGAUCACUUAUGGAACUGCGUUUAAGAAACUUAGAUCUAACUCACCAUCUCACCACCAAAAUCGUCGCUAUCAAUGACAACUGAUACUAUUUCGCCGAUUAUUCAGUCGUAAUAAUAAAUAGCUGGAACAUGCGAAAGGGCAUUGCAGGUAAAUUUUUCAUCACGAUGGCACUUAAGCUGAUAUUGUCAAACUUUUGAAAGAAGCCUUAGCAACGCUGGUUUAGAAAUUUUGCGAGACCUUUCGCGAGAUGAAGUCCAAAAAUCACCUGAAUCGAUCCACAAAUGAAGUAUAAUUUCGAUCUAUUCCUUGUCAUAAGAACAACAGAGAAGGCGUGAAACAGACCGUUUGUUUUGGAAUCAAAGUGUUUACUUUUUUUCCUUAUUUUGAUCGAAGAACUAUCAGAGAUAUAAAAGCUUAAAAAUUAUUUUCCUUUUAUAUCACACAACAUCACGUUUACGUAUGCGAGAAGCUGUUCUUUACGCAGUAUGUAGCGUUCGCAUUAGUAAUUUACAUUUC